AUGGUGACGUGCAAGGGCUCCUUAGACCCCCCGGAUCAGCCCCUGAUCCCCAUUGAGGAAGCAGCAGCUAGUCACCGGGGGAUGCUCAAAAGGCACAUUGGGGUCCUCACUAACAGCCUUGAAAGUGAUGAAACUGUAUAUAAAAAACAAGUUGCAAAUACUUGUGAAGUAAAGAGAAAGAUGGGAAAAUGGAGGGAGGAAUUGGACUAUGAAUGUAAAGAACUUAAGUUUUUAUUGGAAAGAGAGCGAGAUGAAAUUGAUAAUGAUCUGCUUAUAGAAGAGAAUGAUGUUGAAGAAAAACUAAUUGAAAAUGGAAAGCAAAUUUCAUACCAUAUGUUCAGGCUAAACAUUCUGUUAAGUAAAAUAGAAGAGAAGUGUUUGCAGACAGAUGAGGAUUUACUCACAGGUAUUGAAAGGAUCCACAACGGGUAUGGAAACCUAGAGACCCCAGCAGUGUUUUCAUGUGAAUUACCAAAGGAGAUUUUCACUCUCCCCCCACAUUACUUAGGCCUGCAUAAAAUGAUCCGUAUAUUUCAGGUAGAUUUGACGCUGGAUCCUGAAACUGCCCAUCUAAGUCUCAUUAUCUCAAGAGAUAGAAAAAGUGUGACAUAUUGUACAGCAGAUGGUCUUCCUAAUCCCCAGGCACUUACUUCUUCCCCAGCUGUCCUGAGUUCUGAGGGAUUUGAUGCUGGCAGGCAUUUUUGGCAGGUAGAAAUAAGAGGCACAGGUGAUUGUUUCUUAGGUGUGUGUAAGGAAUCUAUCCUCAGAAAUACUCUCAGAUCACCAUCCCCAAGCAAUGGAUGCUGGCAAUAUCAGCAGAAGACUAAUGUACUCCACAUUUUCUGUGCAGGGCAACAUAAGAUUGGCGUUUUUCUGGACUAUGAGUUGGGAGAGGUUUCAUUUUAUAAUUUGAAGAGCAGGUCAUUCUUGGAUGGAUUCCGUGAUACCUUUACAGAGAAACUUAUGCCUUAUUUCUCCAUUGGACUUUCUUCAGAAUCCCUUACAAUCAGAGUGAAGUGA